CCCACGUGCUUCUCGUCUAUUUAAACAAUUCUAGCGUCGCCCACAGGUUUAAUAUAUUAAUGAACUAGGGGCUAGACGACAGUCCAGAAGUUUCCACUCACCUGAUUUCCCCUAAGCACUGUACUAGUGUGUUGAUAUAGACGCUGCGCAUUGAAACCGUUGAGUUGUUGGAGCCAUAGCAACAUAGCGAGCUUUGAACCGAAAUUCCCAGAUGGCUGUUAACGUUUUCUCAACAUCUCUGAACAACGAUAACAUGAGUCGACAUGAACUGCUGUCUUGGGUCAACGUGUCUUUACAGAUGAACUACUCGAAGAUUGAGCAUUUGUGUUCAGGUGCAGCUUAUUGCCAAUUCAUGGAUGUGCUGUUCGCUGGAUGCCUCCCCCUAAAAAGGGUGAAAUUUAACGCCAAACUGGAACACGAAUACUUACAGAAUUUUAAAAUUCUACAAAACAGUUUUAAAAAGGCUGGAGUUGACAAGAUAAUUCCUGUAGACAGACUGAUUAAAGGAAAAUUCCAGGAAAACUUUGAGUUUGUUCAGUGGUUCAAGAAGUUUUUUGAAGCAAACUAUGAUCAGAGGGAUUAUGACCCAGUGGCGGCACGUCACGGACAGGAGACAUCUGCGUUUACCUCAGCAUCCAAUACUCCUGCUAAAGCCAAGGCCACAGCUCAAAAUGUCAUUCAACCUGCUGACAGACCGGCUUGUUGUGUUGCAGCCACAAGGGCAGCCCCUGCCAAAGCGCUGCAGACUGUUCCCUCAAAGAAAUCUGGAGCAGGAGAUGCGAUUGGAGCACUUACUAACGAAGUUAGUGAGCUAACAUUACACAAGACUACAGCCGAGAAAGAAUUAAACUUUUACCUUGGAAAGCUGAGGACUAUUGAGCUCAUCUGCCAAGAUAGGGAGACGGAAGGAGGAGCAGACCCUACUCUACAGAGGAUUCUGGAAAUACUUUAUGCAACAGAUGACGGCUAUGUCAUGACGGAGGGUGAAAAUGGAGACGGGGGGCAAGAGGAGUUCUGAUUGGAAAACGGGGAGUCUAAUUUUUGAUCAAAAACAUUUUUAACAUGCACUUUGCCUUAUUUUGUCAACAGGUUACUUUAUAAAUGCAUCGGAAAUCACCUUUGACCCAUUACAGUAAUGAUCUCAAGCAACACAUGAUUUGUUUCUUAUUUUCUUGUAUGAUGGGCAGUGGAUUCUGCUUUGUAUUGGGGCUGAUCGAUAAUGUGAAAUGAUAAUCACGAUUAUUUAAAAUGAUAUCGUAAUCACGAUUAUUAAAGAUGAUUAUUCAUUGAGAACAAGCAUUUAUUGAACUUUUAACACUGGUAUUUCUCUUAACACGAUACGUUUGAACUGAAACAAGAAAAAUGCAAAUAAAGAGAAAUGUAUUAAA